CCAAGAAAUAAAAAACGGAAAUUUCGAUCCUCCGCCCACCGUCCCGAUCUAAUCUUCCGUGGCCACAUUUAGGGUUUAAGAUUUCUUCUACGACCAUCUUUCUGCGUCCAAUUUCUCCCAAUUUCUUCGAUUUCAAAACAUAUUCCCGCCUCUACACGCUUGUUAAUUACUCCAAUAUUUGCAUUUAAUUCAAGCUCCAGUGUACAUACGAUUCUCCCAGGCGCUGAAACAUGACUGAGUAUUGGGUUAGCCAAGGUAACAAAUGGUGCGACUUUUGCAAAAUAUUCAUUUCAAAUAAUCCUUCCACAAUACGUAAUCAUGAGCUUGGUCAACGUCAUAAGGACAAUGUUGCCAAAAAGCUUGCAAACAUGAGAAAAGAGAAUGCUGCCAAGGACAAAGAACAAAAGGAAGCCGUACGUGCCAUUGAGCAGAUUGAGGCGAAAGCCAAUCGUAGUUAUCAGAAGGACAUAGCAAAUUUCCGGGAAGCUAGAGAUUCUCAUGCACUUCCUGUUGAUGUUCAAGAAACUGGUGAUGAGAAGUGGGAGCUUGACAGCACUUCGGGCUAUUAUUAUAAUGAAAGCAAUGGUUUCUACUAUGAUUCAAAUUCAGGCUUCUACUACUCUGAUGCCAUUGGCAAGUGGGUAACACAGGAAGAGGCACAUUCUUCGCCUCAGUUCUUUUUGGACUCCAAACAUAAGAAACCAAUUUUAGCAAAGCCAUCAUCAGCCUCUGCAAGUACAGCUAUAAAAGACAAAAAUGUGGAUAAAGGGGAAGGUGGUCCUCCACCUGGGUUGGUUGUUUCAGCUUCUUUAAACCCAAAGCGAUCUAUUAAAGGUGCUCCUUCAUCAAUUGCUGUUGGUAAGAGGAAGAGGCCAGAUGAGAAGCAAAAGGCCAUAUCUGAAGAAGAAAAGGCUGCACUCAAAGCAAGGGAGGCUGCGAAGAAGAGGGUUGAAAAGAGGGAGAAGCCACUUCUUGGCCUUUACAGAUUGCCUUGAAAUAGGCUGUUGCUCUCAAGUAAAUUUCUCUACCAUCUCAAGUUUGCAACAUUCAUUGUCUCCAACCUGUAAACUGAUUUUUCUCUUUAUGAUUGCUUAACUUCAGCUGGAAGAAUAUUACUUUAUGGAACUUGCUCUCUAUCACCCGUUACUGUUAUAAUCUUGCGUUGCUUUAUUGUGGGGUUUGGUUUACAUGCAUUCAUCACCAGGAAUAUGUGGGGAUGAUAUAGUCUAAAAAUCGGCCUUGAUCCAAGUUUGCUUGGUUACUGAAAAGAUGAGAAACAUUUGAGGGAAGAAAUUCAUAGCCAAUCAACUUGCGGGCACGAAUGGAUCUUGCUUUUAUUAUGGAUCUGUUUGUUUACAGUUACAAUCGAGCAGAUUCAUGUACUGUCAAAGGCUAUGUGAAGGGAAACUCCCUAGUGUCUAUUGGUCAGAUGUGAUAUUAUCUCCCUGUUCAGAAACCAAGGCUUAUACAAGGUGAAAUUAAGAGGAAAACGGAAGAUACUACUUCGUAUAUUGUAUUUAGAGCAGUAACAUUUGUGAUUAAUAAUUUUCAGCCCUUGCCUGGUUUUUCUUUCUAUUCACAGGAUAAUUGAGAGCAUGAAUCCUAGACGAACUAAUUGUUUCUCAGCACAUCCAUCACAAAAGGACUUCCAACUGGUUUGUUCUGACUUGUUGUAUAGACUAUAGAAUAUUGUCAGUGGUUCUCUCAUGCUUUUAUCUUUCAUACUAGUUCUCAUUAAGGUUGGAAUGUAAAGCACCGUGAUUGGCCAACUAGUUGAGGAGAUCAACUCCUGAAUUCUUAUCUUUAUAGCUACUCUGUUGAUGUGAAUGUGUAGAAUUUAUACGGGUUAAAUACUACUUUGGUUCUUUUACA